ACAACGAGACAAAUUGCCGGGGAUACUUUCAUUUCUGUCAAACAUUACACUCAGCCAACAUCGGAGCUAGUAUAAUUCCGAACAAAAAAAUGGCUACCAUCAAUUUGUGGAUGCUGGGAAUAGCUCUGCUGUAUCUCUCCUGCCCAUUCACUACUAACGCAUGGCGUCCGUACGAAAUAAAACUGACAAACUUUUCAUUCUCUUCUGUCAACAACAAUUUUACGUUCAAUGUCACCAUAACAAAUUCCGUUAUCGAUGCUUGGAUAGACGUGAAGGAAACUAUUGAGCAGCUGUAUGUGCACCCCGAGGUGCAUCUAGAUUUGGGAAAUGGAAAAUACGAUUUUGAAUUUAUGAAUCGUAGGGUCGACGUAUGCCGUCUUUUAAGAGAUAAGAAAUACGAGCCGCUAAUUCAGAUGGCGUUCAGGAGUAUUUUGCCGUACUGUAAUUGCCCGAGCCGAUGUCCCAUAUCAAAGAAAUUGUAUCACAUCAAUGAACUUCGCAUCAGUAGCGAAUACUUUCCACCCUCAUUUCCCGAACGGAAAGCUUUGCUUCAUUUGAAAUUUCUGAGGAAAAUUGAUCAAACACUAGAACUACUGGGAACAAUGUCUGUCGUUAUCAACGUGGAGAAAAAAUAUAAAUCAAAUGGGUGAAUCGGUUGUGAACGGCACAAGGACAUUUUGUCUAUCAAACAAAUAUU